ACACAUUUGAAGGACAUCGAUCAAACCACACUUCAGCUUCCUCUAUAUAUCAUUUACACCAGCUUCAUUCAAAGUAGAAAGACAAAAAUGUCCAACACCAUCCUCGUGUUUGGCGCUGCAGGCGGAGUCGGUCGCUGGGCGGCGCAAUCAGCCGCAGACCACGGCGCAAAAGUCUUCCUCGCAAUGCGCAACACGCAAAAAACCAUCCCAGGCCUCACUGCCUCCGCCGAGCAAGCCGCGGGGUUCCAGCGCAUCCAAGCCGAUCUCUCCAUCCCUUCCUCCCUCACAACCGCCGUGCAAACCUCCGGAGCAACAAUCGCAUUCGUCUACGCCGUCGAGUCCAUGGAAGACCGCAUGAAAUCCGCGUUUGAAACGCUCAAAAAGGCAGGAAUAGAGUUUGUCGUCUUUUUGUCUGCCUACGCGGUCCAAUCAACCGCCGAUGAAGCCAUCAAACGCGAUAUGCUUCCCAGGAUGCACGCAGAGAUGGAGAUCAACCUUCGCGAAAGCGGGAUCAACUAUGUAUCGCUGCGUCCUGCAUACUUCAACACCAAUCUCUUCUUCAUGCAGGGGUACAAAGCUGGCGUUAUCAGAUCGUACGGUGUCGACGCUGUCAACGAUUUCAUCGCGCCGGAGGAUAUCGGUGCUGUGGCUGGUACUUUGCUCACCUCGCCCCCAGAGGAGAAGCAGCCAGAUAAUGCGAUUUAUCUCUGCGGACCGAAGCUGAUGCGCGUCCGCGAUGCUAUUGGGAUUGUUGGGGAGGUGUUGGGAAAAGAGAUCGAGGUCAAAGAUAUAAGUGAGGAGGACUUUGCGAGGGAGUCAUCAUUCUUUGGGAAGGACAUGUUGGAGUCUAUGACUAUCCUUUCCAAGAAAUGUACACCGCCCAAUACGUUUUAUCCCGAUGAGUUUUGGGGGAAGGCUGUGGGAAAUUUGAAGAAGUUCGGGGGGAAAGAACCCAUGGGAUUGAAGGCUUGGGUUGAGGUACACAAAGAUGAGUUUCAGUGA